AUCUUCUUGCACGCUGACAUGAUUCUCUAAGUGUCCUCCCGACCUGCACCUGACAAGAAUAAAUCAGCCCACCCUGGGCCAUGACCACUCUGCUUCCAAACAUCACUCUUCCAGGAAGUACCACGGUUCUGCUGCCAUCUACAGACUGCCCCUUUAACGUGACUCUAACUGCUCCGUCAGACCUCGGCACGGGCCACUCGAGGGCCCCACUCUGCAAUCUGUACUGCUGUGGCCUCUUUAAUCGCACCGUGGCUGUGGUGUUCAUGGUCAGCCUGGCUUUUGCAAUAGUAGUUGGAAAUGCGGUCACGCUCACCGUCUUUGUGCAAACGAGGCAAUCCAGAACUCCACAGGGAUACAUGAAAGUGUCUCUGGCCAUAGCAGACAUGAUGGUGGGAGUUCUUGUUGUCCCUUUUUCAGCCUACACUGAGAUCUCUCUGAUGGUAACCAGCACUCCUCCAAUAUGGUACCAGGAUACUUCCACUCCCUUUGAGUCCUCCACCACUCUGGGUGGACUGGCAAGUCCGUGGCAGCCAUGUAUGCUCAUUGGCCCCAUGUUUGCCGGAUGCACUUUUGUCUCCAUCAGCACCAUCUUCCUCAUGACAGUGGAGCGAAGUGUGGCCAUUCUACGGCCACUCCACAAGGACGCCUUGGUGACCCGGAGGCGAACUUUUUUCCUCAUCCUGCUCUCCUGGGCAUCCAGUUUCCUGCUAGCUCUUGCUCCUCUGGUUUUCAGCAGUAACUUUACCUUGGAGUACAACACGUGCAGCCGCAUGUGUAACUACAUGCCCCUUCUGCUCGCAGGCCAGCUGCCCCCUGACGUUAACAUUAUGCUGUUAUUCCCAGCAUUUGACUUUACACUGCUCGGCAGCACAUUAGCAGUCAACAUUGUGUCUUUCACAACCAUUCGACAACAUUCCCGCAAACGUAAACUGCUUUCAGAAGGCAGCAUGACUGAGGGUGGGGGAGGAGGGGUAGUUGGAUGCUCGCACAGGCCCUCCUUCUCAGAUAUCAAAGCAGCCAAGACGAUUGGCAUACUAACGUUUGCAUUCACAGCGUCUUUCUCGCCCAUCGCAGUGUUUGUGCUGGGGAAUGUGGUGGGCUACACCUGGUGCAACUUUUCCUUUUUUGCCUUCUGGAUUCUGGCUGGAAACAGCUGUUGUAAUGUCAUCAUCUACAGAGUCAGGGACCAUCGUUUUAGGAAGGGUGUUACCCUACUCUUCCAGCGAGACCACCAGUCCCCUCCUCACAGUGAAAAGACCUAGGAGACAUGUGAAUUUACAAGCAGGAAAUCCAUGUUUUUGGACUAUACAUUUAAGCAUUAUCCAUCCAUACAGCUGUGGUCAAAAAGGUUUUGAAUGCUCAGUCAAGUGGCCAAGCAGUUAAGUGUACUUGUUCCCAGCACAGACGGUUUCCGGUUCAAGGUCAGCACUGCCCAUUUUCCAUGUAAUGUGGAAUUGUGUCAGGAAGGGCAUCUGGUGUGAAACCUGUGCCAAAUC